UCCUCAAGUUGGGGGGAGCCUGUGAGGGCGCCCCAGUGAACUCCCCCAGGAAAUAUACUGAGUGAGCAGGGAGGAGUUCCCCAGCACACCUGGGUGUGGGUCUCGGUGCUAGAGAGGAAGAUGAGGGAAAUCUGCCGGAUUUGCGCCCGGGAGCUCUGUGGCAACCAGAGACGCUGGAUAUUCCACACAGCUGCCAAGCUCAACUUGCAGGUGCUUCUGUCCCAUGUCCUGGGCAAGGAGCUCUGCCGAGAUGGCAAAGCUGAAUUUGCUUGUAGCAAGUGUGCGUUCAUGCUGGACCGCAUCUACAGGUUUGACACGGUCAUUGCUCGCAUUGAAGCCCUCUCCAUCGAGCGUUUGCAGAAGCUGCUGCUGGAGAAGGAUCGCCUCAAGUUUUGCAUUGCCAGCAUGUAUAGGAGGAAUAAUGAAGAUUCUGGUAUUGAUGACAAAGUUGUUGGGGAUUUGACUGUUGACAUUUCUGGCCUGCCCGAUGUCAGAUACACGGCUCUUCUUCAGGAGGACUUUGCCUAUUCUGGAUUUGAGUGCUGGACAGAGCAUGAGGAACAUAUCCCAGAACUGCACAGCUGCCACACCUUGGAGAGCGUGGGUAACCGCCCAAGGCGAUGCCAUGGCUGCGCUACAUUACGUGUUGCAGAUUCUGACUACGAAGCAAUUUGCAGAGUCCCACGAAAGGUGGCCAGGAGUAUCUCUUGUGGUCUUUCCACCAGGUGGCCAGCUAGUGUAUGCAAUGAGGAAUCCUCUGUAUGUGAACCUAUAACUGCUGACUUGGCAAGUGCCAAGGUGCCUGUGGAAGAAGAAAGCAUGGAGGAGGGGACUCCUGGGUCCUCUGUUGAAUCCUUGGACACAGCGGUUAAGGUCAGCCCUCCACGACAGAAGGAUGAGGAAGCAGACAAAGGUGUGAAAGGGAGUGAGAAGUGUGAUGAUUGCUUGGAUGCCCAUACUACUCCAAACUCAUCAUUGUAUGGGAAUAGGUUGGAGCUAGCCCUUAGCCUGAUCAAAGCUUUUGACUACAAGCCUGUUCAGAGUCCCAGAGGAAGCAGGUUACCUAUUCCAGUGAAAUCCAUCCUGCUAUAUUCCAAGCCUAGCCGUAACCUGGUAGAUGGAAGUACUCUUCUUGGCUCAGUGAAUGCUGGUUCUGGUUUCCCCAGUGCAACCACAAAACCCUUUCCCUUGGAGCUUUCUGACCUGCUGGAGCUGUGGGACGAUCUUGGUGAAGAUUAUAUGCCGCUUCGGGUACAGAAUCUGCCUGAGGACCAUCAGCAGCUGACUCAGUGUGACCCUGUGGCGAGUGGUCGUGUGUCUGAAUCGCAUGCUGCUGAGCUGCAGGACAAAAUCCAGCAGUACGAUGCCACCAACAAGUUGCUGCAGGAAAAGCUAAAUGAGAUGAAUUUUGAAUUAAAAUCUAUCCAGGAAGCAUCUCAGAGAAAAGAUCGUACAAUCCAGAGUCUGAAUGAGGCCCUGAAGAGCAAAGAAAGUGAGACAGAGGAGCUGUACCAUGUGAUUGAAGGGCAGAAUGAGACCAUGGGCAAACUACGAGACAUGUUACAUAGAAGCCAGCUUGGACACUUGCAGACCUCGGAGGGUCCAUCCCCUUCCCAGCAGCAGCAGCACAUGGCACUGCUAGAUCUGCAGAACACACUCUUCUGCACCCAGCUGGAGAUGCAGAAGCUGAAGAGGGCUCAGUGGCAGAAAGAACACCAACUGGCUGAAGCCAGGAGAACUACCCAGCUUCUAGAGGCUACUGUGCAGGAGGAACAGCAGCUGAAAGAGGUGUCGUGGAAACACAAUCAGGAGCUGCGUGGUGUUGUGCAGCAGGUACAAGCAGAGCUGCAGGGCAAGGUUCAGGAGCUGUGGGCCCUGGAGAGGGAGAAAUGCUGUGAGAUCCGGGCCCAGGAGCAGCGUGUUCAGCGUUUGAGCCAGAGGCUGGCUCACAAAGAACAGCUUCUGCAGGAAUCCUGGGAACUUCUGCAACGUAGGCAGAGCUUGGAGAAGAACCCUGUGGUCACUGAUACUAUGCUGGAGAAGUUGCAGCAGCGAAUCAAAGACCGAGAUGCUGCUCUGGAGCGAGCAAUAGAUGAGAAAUUUUGUGCUGUGGAAGAGAAGGAGCAAGAGCUGCGACAGCUCCAUAUCUCUGUGAGAGAGCGGGAGCAUGACCUGGAGAGACUGCGCUGCGUCCUGUCCAGCAAUGAGGCCACCAUUCAUAGCAUGGAGAGCCUACUGAAAGCCAAGACGCUGGAACUAGAGCAGGUGACAGCAACCUGCCAGAACCUCCAGUGGCUGAAAGAGGAAGUCGAGGCGAAAUCCAGCUGUUGGCAGAAGGAGCAGGAGGGGAUAAUACAGCAACUGCAGGCCUCUCUGCAUGACAGGAACAAGGAAGUGGAAGAGCUCACAGCAACCUUGCUCUGCAAGCUGGGCCCAGGGCAGAGUGAGAUUGCGGAGGAGCUGUGCUUGUGUCUCCAGCGGAAGGAGAGGAUGCUGCAGGAUCUCCUGAGUGACAGGAACAGACAGGCUGGAAAACAUGAGACCGAACUUCGGGAGCUGCUUCAAGCCAUGAGCAUCCGGGAGCAGCGAAGCCGAGUGGCUGCUGAGAAGAUGGUGCAGGCUCUGGCAGAAAAGAGUGAUGAAGUACAAUUCCUGCGCCAGCGGCUGGUGGGGAACGAGCCGGGGAAGAACCCAGUGGCUGAUGGCAGGCUUCUCCUCCAGAAAGACAAGCAGCCCUUUCAAGAAUUACUGCCAGGAGGUUGUGGGAACGCUACUGCCACCGGAAUCUCCAAGGGAGAGGACAGCAAAUACAGGAUGGAGAGAGGCCUGUUGGAGACGGCUGCUGAGCUGGAGAAGGAGCUUAUUAAUGCCAGAGAGGAACUGGAGCUAAUGGCAAGAAAGGAAAGAGAAAGCAGGUUGGAGCUCUCUUCUCUUCAGUCUGUGGUGACGGCACAGGAGGAGGAGCUGCAGGUGCAGGCCUCAGAUAUUGAGUCCCUGACCAGGAACAUCCAGAGCAAGGAGGACCUUAUUAAGGACCUGCAGAUGCAGCUGGUUGACCCCGAAGAAAUCCCAGCUGUGGAACGACUGACCCAAGAAGUCCUGGUGCUUCGGGAGAAAGUAGCCACAGCAGAGUCACGAGGACAGGAGACUACAGGGAACAGACAGCAACAGCUGUUGCUGAUGCUGGAAGGGCUGGUGGCGGAGAAGAGUCGCCUGAAUGAAGCUCUGCAAGCAGAAAGGCAGCUGUACAGCAGUCUAGUGAAGUUCCAUGCUCACCCAGACAGCCCUGAGAGAGGCCAGACUCUGCAGGCGGAGCUGGAGGGGGCCCAGGCGCUCCGUGGACGACUGGAAGAGUCUCUUGGCAGAAGCAUGGAGCAUUUGCGCAGGCUGGAGACCCUGGGCGCCUUUGGAGGUCAGCCUGGACGGGACGAUGCCAAGGACGGCAGCACUGACAGCAUUGAGGGGGAGGCGCCGCCCCGCACCGUGAACCAGCAGACCAGCCAAGGGCUCCCUGCGAACAGCCCGGAGGCCAAGGCAGCACAGCCUGAUCUCCUCACUCUGGCUCCCUUGGAGAGGGACAGCAGCCUGCAGGCAGAGCUGCUCCACGUCAGAGCCAAGAACCAGCAGCUCCUGGAGCAGAAGGCGAAGGUGGAAGGGGAGCUGUGGGAACUGAAGGCUCUGAUGGAGGAAGCCGGCUUCUCGUCUCUCUCUCCCAUCAGGAAAGUCCUGCUGAGUCUGUGCCUGGAGACCGCCGAGCUGAAGGAGCAGCUGGGGGGAUCCCCGUUGUCAGAGGGUUGGGAGGAUAAGGCAGAGGCCAGGGCUGCCCUGUGCACCCAGAACAGGAAGCUGCAGAGCUCGGAGACUGUCGUCACCCUCCUCAAGGAGCAGCUGGUGCUGAACUGCCCGGAGGGCAAGAGCAAGUUCCCGCCCCAGCUCGUCACCGGCAUGGCCACGGAGAUCGACCGGCUCCGGGCAGAGAUGGGGGUGGCAUCUGGGAAGCGCCCGGCCCUGGAGGGACAGCUCCAGGAGGACCCAGCAAAGCGGCCCUGCCCUCGGUCCCAGGCAGUGGAGUUGGGACCAGCCCAAGCCCCCAGGGGCAUGAGCCAGCAGAUGGAGGCCUGCCCUGCGGGCAGCUGGCAGCAGUUGGUGGAGCCCAGGGUAGGGCCCUCAGGGCAGCUGGUUCAGUGCCGGCAGCGCAAUCAAGAGCUGCAGGACAAGCUGGCCGUGUCAGAGGCCACAGUGCGGGCUCAGGCGGAGCAGCUGGAGCAGUACAAGACCCUGCUCAGCGAGCCCUUGGUGCAACAGGACAACAAGCAGGUGCAAGUGGACCUCCAGGAUCUGGGCUACGAGACGUGCGGGAGGAGUGAAAAUGAGGCCGACCGGGAGGAGACCCCUAGCCCUGAGUGUGAGGAGCCAGAUGUGUUCAGCAAGGCCGACCUGAUGGAGGAGCUGAGCCGGCCGGGGCCACGGGGGGGCCUGUGCUGGGGCCAGUCAGAAGACGUUGCUGUUCUGCAACAGCAUGUGCGGGAGCUCCAGUUGCAGCUGCAGAACUCGAACAAGGCUCUCCAGAGGCUGCAGCGCCGCACCCGCUCCUUCUCCAGCACCAGUGACUAUGCCUCAGGCGCUGAGCGGCUCCACAAGCCGGUGCCCAGCGCCACCGACGAGGACGAGGGCUGGCAGUCUGAUGGCGUUGGGGCCUUCUGCCCCCCUGCGCUCCAGGCCAGCAGAGACCUCGAGUGGCUCAUCCACAGGGUGUCCCUGCUGGAGGCCCAGCUGCCUGGGCGCUGGGCAGGAGGAGUGCUGCCUGAGAAACUGCGCUCUGCUGUUUGGCCAGGGAAAUAUGACUCACUGAUCCAGGCCCAAGCACGGGAGCUCUCUCACCUGCGCCAGAAGAUGCGGGAAGGGCGCAGCGUGUGCCACCUGCUCACUCAGCACCUUAGGGACACUGUCAAAUCCUUCGAGGAGCUUCUCCGAGGCACUGACAUCGACUACUACAUGGGCCAGAGCUUUCGGGAGCACCUGGCCCAGGGUGGCCAGCUGGCCGAGAGGCUGAGCAGCAAGCUGAGCAGCAGGGAUCGCUCUGACGUGGAGGAUAAAACCGGACACGAAUUCGUGGCGCUCAGGCUGAGUAAGGAGCUCCGGGAGAAGGAGAGGAUGAUCGAGACCCUUCAGGCCAAGCUCCAGGAGCUCUGCGAGACCCCUUCCAGCAGCCGUGCGCUCUCCGAGUCACCCCGCUCCAACAGCAGCGCCUCCUUCCUGUCUGAUGGCCCGGAGGCCUGCUCCGACGGGGAUGCCUCCAGUGAGUACAGCCAGCUCCAGGGGGAUCGCAGUGAGCAGCCAUCCCGGCGCCUCACAGACGUCACUCACCCUGCUGCUCUGGCAUCCAACCCAUCCCCUGCCGCUGCACCCCACCAGGCUUCGGCAGAGUCCAUCAGAGGCUACCCCACUGGGCCAUCUUCACAGCACCCUCCCAUGGACAGCGGCCAGACACGCACAGGGUUGCAUUUUGACUCGUUGUCCAAGCCACUGAGCGUCCCUCUGACGCCUGCCCCUGGGCCAUCUGCCUUCCUGCCCUUCGGCCCUCCUCCUCCCACCCCUUCUGCUCUCCUGGGCUGCUGCGGGACGCCUGUCUUCUCCUUGGCCGAGGUGCAGCAGGAACUGCACAUGCUGCAGAAGCAGCUGGGAGAAAGGGGACCUCUUGCUGCACCACCAGUCAAACCAUUGCCACUGACCAGCGACUUCGGGGAAGCCAGCACCUCCCGCUGUCUCCACGUUCCCCAUCUCACCCCACAGUCUUGCCCGCUGCAGAGCUCCGCCCAGCUGGACAGGAAAGCAGGGGCUGCCUUCCUGGAGAGCAACCCGCUCUGGGCCCAGCCUCCCAUGGGGGCCCUCUAUGGGCACUUACCCUCUGGGUAUCCAGCCAGCCACAAGCUGACGGGUGCUGACUUGCUGGAAGGACACCUGGCGGAGAUCCGCAGCCUGCGCCAGCGCCUGGAGGAAUCCAUCUGCAUCAAUGACCGGCUGCGGGAGCAGCUGGAGAAACGCCUCGCCACCACCGCCAAGGGCAAUGGGUAUCCCACCAACAUCUACAUCCAGGGGCUGGAGUCCGCAUCCUCAUUGAGCAGCGAGACCCAAGCCCUGCGGGAGGAGAACCAGAGCCUGCAGCUCCAGUUUGCUCACCUCUCCAGAGGUAAUGGGGCUCUCCCCCCAGAGCUGGAGCAGCUGCGUGAGACCACGCGCUGUAGGCUGCAGAAGGCCGAGACGGAGAACCGGACGCUGGCUCAGGAGCUGGCAGAGCAGCGGCAGAGCGGCCGUCAGCUGCGGGAGGAGCGACUGGCUCUCCAGGAGAACAACCACAGGCUGGAGUGCACGGUGCCGCUCCUUCAGCAGCAGUGCGAGGAGAACCAGCGGCUCUGCCAGGCCCUCUGUGCUGAGCUGCGCAUCCACGAGACCCUUUCCAGCUCCUCCCAGGCAGCUCUCUCAGCCUGCAGCGGAGAUGUGCAUCGCAGACCACCUUCCAGCAGCGAGCUGGGUGCCCUCCUGGCAGAGGUGCGAACUCUGCGCAGGCAGCUGCUGCGCGGCAUCCAGGUGAACAGCGCCCUGAGGCAGCAGCUGGCACGGCAGCAGCCAGAGGGAAGCGCUGCCCCCCUCUUCGCUGCCCACCAGGCUACGCCCAACUGGCAGCCCUUCCAAGACUCCAGCCCUUCUCCUCCAGUUCGGGAUGUUGGCAUGAGCUCCCCAGCUCCCCUCUCCCCGCCUGCCCUGCUCAGCGGUCCGGCCCCACUUGCCCACCAGCUGAAAGAGCCACCCGUGGACGACGCCCUGGUGAGGAGGAGUGCCCCUGCGCCAGCGGGAGAUGCCCCAAGCAGUUCGUCUGCCAGCAAAGGCGGGUGCCAGGUCAUUGGCCACGUGGAUGACUAUUAUACCCUGAAGCAGCAGAUCCUGGACGGCAAAAUGCUGGUCCACCAGAUGGCCUCUCUCCUGCGGCCAGCCCUAGCCAUGCCCUGCUUGGAGCCCCGUGGCACCGAGGCCCUGGACCGGAGCAGUGUCCAGCAGCUCCUGAGCACCGCGAGUGCCCUGCAUCAGCUCCUGGAGCAGUGCUCCUCCCUGCUCACCACCUUCUGGAGAGGAGCCCUGCUAGUAGCCCCCAGCCCAGCCCAGCCCCAGACUGCAGAGCAGGCAAUGAAGGAUGAGCUCCUGGCGCUCAGGGCAAGGUUAGCUGAGCAGGAGAAUCUGCUCCAAAGGGCAGCUGAGCGUCUGCAGGACACCUGCCGCCUGAAGGACAACAUGGAGCACUUCAUCGUCAGCCACUUGACCCAAACUCAUGCCGUGCUGAGGAAAGCAAGGACAAACCUGGAGUCUCUCCAGAAGAGCAAGCCCCAGGGCUCCUCUGUCAAAUCUCCUCCCUCCAUCGGCGCAGGGGAAAUCUCAGUGGGCUUGUCCCAGCACCCGAGCCACGUGAUCCCGACCAACCAGGAGCACAGAAGGAAGAGGAGCUGCCCAGACACCCUAAAGUGGCAAGAGGACCAGAGCUGGCCCUGCUUUGUCCACCUUCCCAGCUCCUGAGCACCAACCCUGGCUGAAACAGCUGCUGGGCAGGGCUCAGC